CCACUCCCGUCGCGUCGCUGCCGUCCCCACCCCGUCGGCAGUCCCGGGCAUUGAUUUCUUUUUCCCGGGGCGGUGGCUGCCGGGAGGAGGGAGAUGAGCCGUGGGCGGUCCCCGGAGCCGCUGGAUUUCUUCAUCUGGACUGUCGAGGAUGUUGGAUUGUGGCUUGAAGAGAUAAAUCUUGGUGGCUACAGACAAGUGUUUGAAGAAAAUGGUGUCAAUGGAGAGUACCUUGAGAGCUUGUCGAUGUUUACUACCGAGCAGAUUUUGCGGUUUAUUAGGCGGUGCCAUAUGAAAUGGGGAGAUUUUAUCACAUUAUGCAAAGAGUUGAGGCGUAUUAAAGUCGCCUGCCUAAAAGGGGAGCAAGAAGUCCGGAGGCCAUGGUGGGCACCAUCGUGCCUCUCGGUGGUGUUUGUGAGGGCGGCAAAGCGGAGCCGGCAGUCCCGAGUCGUGUCCCUGAAGCUGGAACCUUGAUGCUCGCCGGUUGCAUCGGAUCACCGAGUCGUGCUAUCCCCCCGAGUUCCAACACCAUACGGCACUGCACCCGUGCCUGAUCCUCAAUGAUCUGAAAGCUGUAGGAGCAUACUCCACAACUCAUCUCUCUAUCCUUGUUUUGUAUUCGUUUUUCAUCCUAUUAUAUAGUUUGUAAUAGUACAAGUGACCUGAUGUUAGCCAAAAUGGAUGCAUAUAUUGUGCUGGGGAUCUUUCGAAUCAGCUUGAGUUGUUCUUAGCUCAAGAAUGGCCUAGGGCAGUAGAUCUUCAGUGUGCUGAAAUCGCUGAUA